UUUAUAAAUUAAAUAUUAUCUUACUUUUUGUAAAUAUAAUAAAAAUAUUUUAGAAGUAACUAAUUAUUUGAAAUUAUAUAAUUUCAGUGAAAAAUCGAAAAGUAUACAAAUUUAAUCAUGUGCAAAACGCAAUUCAUUAGAUCAUAUUUGGACAAAAUUGUUAAAACGCAUAAUUUCGCACAAUGUUUACAAAAACUUCAGAUCGUAUCAGCAGGAAAUGGAAAUUGUAAAGCAGAAUUGGUUAUAUCCGAAGAACAUUUAAAUUUAUAUGGAUUGUUGCAUGGUGGUUUUACAUCUACUCUUAUUGAUGCUGUCUCUACAUAUGCUUUAAUAACCCAUGAAAAAAAUAACAAACCAGGUGUUUCAUUAAAUUUAGAUAUUACAUUUAUGAAACCUGCUCUUUUUGGAGAACUGAUAACAAUUAAUGCAAGAACUAUACGUGUUGGAAAAACAGUAGGUUUUGUUUCAAUAGAUAUUACAAAAAAUGCAGGGAAAGAUGUAAUUGUUAAUGGAACUCACAUAAAAUUUAUUGGAAAGUAAAAUAAAUAAAAUAAUGCAUAUAUUAUUAUAUAUUGUUAAUAUUUAAUGAACACUUUAUAUAUGUAUAUAGAUAGUACAAUAGUAUAUUAUAAAAUUUA